UUUGACUUUCUAACGAAAUGGGCGGAGAAGAACACAUCCGGGCAUUUUGAGCGCACUUCAUGCGUAUUUUGGGUGCGACUGAUGACGAAGUUGACAAACGACAGCGUUCUCUGACGCUAAACAUGUCGCCCAGAAACCCGGGCACGACGCUCGACCUGGAAUGGAUAUCCAAAGUGAGAGUGAACACACAGGCUGUGUUGAAGAGGGCUCAGUUUAUCCAAAGACAGAAGAUCCCCAAGAAACAGUGGCAGGCUGCAUGGCUGCUGAAGGCUGUGACACUGAUCGACCUGACCACUCUGGCCGGAGACGAUACGUCCUCCAAUGUCCACAGGCUCUGUUUGAAAGCUGUGCAGCCAGUUCGAUACGACCUGCUCAAGAAGAUUGAUAUGCACGACAAAGGCGUGACAACAGCAGCGGUGUGUGUGUAUCCAUCUCGUGUGACUGAUGCUGUCAGAUCACUUAAAGCAGCCAACUCCAGCCUUCCUGUCGCCUCAGUGGCCACUGGCUUCCCAGCUGGCCAGACACCACUGGAGACCCGCCUGCAGGAAGUGCGCAUAGCAGUGAGUGACGGUGCGACGGAGAUCGACAUCGUCAUCAACAGGAUGCUGGCCAUUACAGGACAGUGGGAAGCCAUGUACAACGAGAUCCGUCAGUUUCGGGAGGCUUGUGGCCCCGCCCACAUGAAGACCAUCCUGGCUGUCGGAGAGCUUGGCUCAUUCACCAACGUCUACAGAGCCAGCAUGGUCGCCAUGAUGGCUGGUUCAGACUUCAUCAAGACGUCUACAGGGAAGGAGGCUGUCAAUGCUACUUAUCCUGUUGCCAUAGUGAUGGUGAGAGCCAUCCGUGACUACUUCAUGAGUACGGGCCACAAGGUGGGCUUUAAGCCAGCAGGGGGCAUCCGAACAGCUGAAGAGUCUUUGGUUUGGCUGACUCUUAUCAAAGAAGAGCUGGGUGAUGAUUGGCUCUGUCCUGGCCUGUUUCGCCUGGGAGCCAGCAGCCUAUUGGCUGACAUUGAGAGGCAGAUUUAUCAUCAGGUGACUGGACAGUAUGCAGCGUAUCAUGACCUUCCCAUGGCUUGAAUUCACCUGCUUCAUGUUUUAAAGAGAAGCUCAGAAGAUCCACACGAGCCUCAGUCAUAAAUCUGCUGCUCGUUCAAGGUGUUUUCAGUGUUCUGAUGAAUAACCCAGCUGGUAAUUUAAAGCUCGAAGCGAAGAACAUAAUGAAGAUCAAAGUUUUUUACUUCUUAUAAUUUAACAAUCGCACUUCAUAAAAUAAACACAGUGAAAAACA